AUGUCGGAUGACGUAGCCUCCUGUAGGUCAUUGCCCGCUGUCCUGCAUUCCGUCCAGCCUACUUACUGCGAGAUCCGAGAUGACGUAGCGAUUGCUCAGAGGCCUUUGCCUGGUCUCCCUAACACAUACUGGGAGAUUCCAGAUGACGCAGAUUCUGGCGUAGUACGGUCAGCUUCUCUACGUGCAAUAACGUGCACACGCGGGAGCGCCGAAGACGAUGCGUCAUCCUGUAGGUCAUUGCCGGCAGUGCUGUCCUUCGAUCCCGCCUACAGUGAGAUCCCAGAUCACAUAGCAGUCGCACAGCGCCCCCUGCCUGUUCUCCCGCGCACAUACAGGGAGUUCCUAGAUCAAGAAGUCACUUCAAAGCGCCCCCUGCCUUCCUCACGACAUAACUACAGUGAGAUUCCAGAUGAUGAGGAGAGCGGACCCUUACCUUUCUAUGAUGAUUUUGCCGAGUUUUCGUGUCGUGUCCUUGGCAAUAGGGGGAGGCUGCAGAAUCGACGGGCAGCCCGUAAUAACACUACAACUACAAGCAGACACACGUUUAUAAGACCCGUCGCCACAUAUGGAACGUCUGAAGGGACCAAGGCCCAGAUUAACAACGUUUAUAGAAACGCCUCCGAAGUCCAGGGUAUAAGGGCCCGUAGACAGUUGAGGACAGCUUUGGUUUCCCAGCCUUCUGACCAAGGUUUGAGGACCUACGUCAACGUCACAGAUGCAGUUCUGUCAAAGGGUCGACACGUCACCGAAGCUCAUAUCGCUAUCCUCGCAUCGCCUGAUGCCUAUUGUACUAUGGGUAUCCUACGGGAGGAAACCCAUAGCACACCACGACGUGCCUCUCUCCCCCUUGUCACACUGCCUAACACCUACUGGCCAUGGGAGGUAUUAGGGGAGAACACUUCUGGCACACCAAAGUGUGCCUCCCUUCCCCUAGUCACACCGCCUAACACCUACUGGCCAUGGGAGAUAUCAGGAGAGGGGGACCCCUACACACCACGGCGUGCAUCCCUUCCCCUAGCCACACCGCCUAACACCUAUUGGCCAUGGGAGAUUCCAAUAGAGGAAACCUGCAACACAUCAAGGCGUGCUACCCUUCCCCUAGUCACCCUGCCUAACACCUACUGGCCAUGGGAGAUAUCAGGGGAGAACACUCAUGACACACCAAGGCGUCCCGCCCUUCCACUAGUCACACCACCUAACACCUACUGGCCAUGGGAGAUAUCAGGGAAGAACACUCAUGACACACCAGGGCGUGCCUGCCUUCCCCUAGCCACACUGUCUAACACCUACUGGCCAUGGGAGAUACCAUGUAAGGGAACCCAUAACACACCAAGGCGUGCCUCCCUUCCCCUAGUCACACCGCCUAACACCUAUUGGCCAUGGGAGAUUCCAAUAGAGGGAACCUGUAACACAUCAAGGCGUGCCUCCCUUCCCCCAGCCCCACCGCCUAACACCUACUGGCCAUGGGAGAUACCAUGUAAGGGAACCCAUAACACACCAAGGCGUGCCUCACUUCCCCCAGUCACACUGCCUAACAACUACUGGCCAUGGGAGAUACCAUGUAAGGGAACCCAUAACACACCAAGGCGUGCCUCACUUCCCCCAGUCACACUGCCUAACACCUACUGGCCAUGGGAGAUUCCAAUAGAGGGAACCCAUAACACACCAAGGCGUGCCUCCCUUCCCAAAGUCACACCGCCUAACACCUACUGGCCAUGGGAGAUUCCAAUAGAGGGAACCCAUAACACACCAAGGCGUGCCUCCCUUCCUCUAGUCACACCGCCUAACACCUACUGGCCGUGGGCGAUAUCAGGGGAGGGGGACCCUUACACUCCACGGCGUGCAUCCCUUCCCCUAGCCACACCGCCUAACACCUACUGGCCAUGGGAGAUACCAUGUAAGGGAACCCAUAACACACCAAGGCGUGCCUCCCUUCCCCUAGUCACACUGCCUAACACCUAA